GUGGAAUUUGAAGGGCUGAAGCAUGAAAUCAAAAGACUAGAAGAGGUUACAGAAUUCCUGAACAGCCAGUUAGAAGAUGCCAUAAGAUUGAAAGAGAUAUCUGAACGCCAGCUUGAAGAAGCCUUAGAAACCCUGAAGACAGAACGCGAGCAGAAGAACAAUCUUCGGAAAGAAUUAUCUCAUUACAUGAAUAUCAAUGACUCCAUGUAUACCAGCCAUUUGAACAUCUCUUUGGAUGGAUUGAAAUUUAGUGAUGAAACCACCGAGCCCAAUAAUGAUGAGAUUGUGAAUGGCUUUGAACCAAAUUGCCUGAGUAAAAUCAACAAUGGCAAUAAUAAAGCAUCAACACCAAAAAAACCCGAUAGCUUUCCUCCAGCCCCUAGUUUGGUGAAUGAUCUUCUGAGUGAGCUAAAUAUAUCUGAGAUACAAAAGCUGAAACAGCAGCUAAUACAGAUGGAGAGGGAAAAAAUGAAUUUGUUGUCUACGCUCCAAGAAUCACAAAAACAACUGGAGAACACCCGGGGUGCCCUUUCUGAGCAGCGUGAGAAAGUCGGCAGGCUCACAGAGAACCUCAGUGCUAUGAAAAAACUCCAGGUCAGCAAGGAACGUCAGUCGGCUCUCGACAAUGAGAAAGACCGAGAUAGCCAUGAAGACGGGGAUUAUUAUGAGGUGGACAUCAACGACCCAGAGAUCCUGGAGUGCAAGUAUAAAGUAGCUGUGGCAGAAAUCAGUGACUUGAAAGAGGAACUUAAAGCUCUCAAGGCUAAAUAUGAGGAAUGUGAAUCCAAGUACGAAGAAGAUAAGGGCAGGUACGAGACGGAAACCCAAGCCCUGACAGAAAAGAUCGGCUCUUUGGACAAGUCUAGUAGGCAAGAUAGGGAGCAGGUCAUCAGAUUGGAGAAGGAACUCAGGAAAGUCACUGAUGUUGCUGGGGAAACCCAGGGCAGCCUUAGUGUAGCCCAAGAUGAGCUGGUUACCUUCAGUGAGGAAUUAGCCAACUUAUAUCAUCAUGUAUGCAUGUGCAACAAUGAAACCCCCAACAGAGUGAUGCUAGAUUACUACAAGCAGGGCAAAGGAGGACAUACCAGUCCGGAGGUCAAAGGCCACAGAUCACCAAUCCUGCUCUCUAAAGGUUUAUUGUCGAUAGACUUGGGGAAAUCAGAAACCGGGAGUGGUGAAAGCAGUCCUUCACCAAUUUCAUCCCUCCCUUCACCAGUAUCUGAGGUAUCCCGGAAGGAACCUAUGAAUGUUUACAACCUGAUUGCCAUAAUCCGUGAUCAGAUCAAGCAUUUGCAGGCAGCAGUAGAUAGAACAACUGAGCUGUCGCGGCAGCGGGUGACUACCCAGGAACUUGGGCCAGUGGUGGACAAAGAUAAAGAGGCAUUUAUGGAAGAAAUUCUGAAGCUGAAGUCUUUGCUAAGCACCAAGAGAGAACAGAUUGCAACACUGAGGACUGUACUAAAAGCCAACAAACAGACAGCAGAAGUUGCCCUUGCAAACUUGAAAAGCAAGUAUGAAAAUGAAAAGGCAAUGGUUACAGAAACGAUGAUGAAGCUGCGCAAUGAACUCAAAGCUUUAAAAGAAGAUGCUGCUACUUUCUCUUCUCUGAGGGCCAUGUUUGCUACCAGGUGUGAUGAAUAUGUCACUCAGCUGGAUGAAAUGCAACGCCAGCUUGCUGCAGCGGAAGAUGAAAAGAAGACCCUCAACUCCCUGCUUCGCAUGGCGAUUCAGCAAAAGCUAGCCCUGACCCAGCGCCUUGAACAUCUUGAGUUGGAUAAUGAGCAGUCCAAAAGGGUGCGCACAAAAUCUGCACCCAAAGUCAAGAGUAGUAGCCCCAGUGUAAGUCAUAUUCGAUCAUGUGGAGACAAGUCGGAAGGCUCUGUGCUUAAUAACCAAGUUUUUUGCAGUGAUAAAUAUAAGAUCUGUUGUGAUUAAAGAAGAAAUUAGGAAGCUGUAAACACACAUCUGAUAUUUGUG